CUUCCUGCAGCCCCUCCCCCCCUGCUCUGGUCACAUGGGCUGCAUUCACAUGCUUCAGUGCAGGAAGUCUCUGUCCCAGCUGUGUGCAUGGAGGCAAAGAAGAAGGAGAGAAGUGAUGGAGAAGAAGGGUCACUGAGGAUCUGCAGUAUCUGAUCCAUCGCUGAAGACCUCGGGGGACGGCGGAUAUUACAAUGAAGUGUAUACUCAUUGUCUCGGAGGGAGCAGAAGUCCUGUUCUGCUGGGCGGACGAAGAGUUCGAGAAGAAUCUACACAGCAGAUACUCUGUAUGUGACGAGCUUCUGCAGUCUCCGAACAUUGGUGACAGCAUCAAUACCCUCUUUGCCCCUCUGAUCAUCUCUUGUGUGACGCUGCUGGAGAAGAUCGGGGACACGUACACCUGCUUCACCGCUGAGAAUGGCCACCUCUGUGUGCUGCACAUGUUUGGAGAAUGUCUUUUCAUUGCUGUCAAUGGGGACAGAGAAGAAAACGAGGACGACUUGAGGAGGAAGAUUUUCGUCUUGAAGAGACUCACUGAAGUUCACUUUGGUUUGGUCACUUUGGACAGUCAACUAAUCAAAAAAGAACUGCGACCGCCAGAUUCGGAUCAGCGGAACCUCGUGUGGAAGACGUUCCAGAGUCUGCUCCUAACGUACGGCCGCCUGCAGCACGAAGACCAGAGCUUCGCAGUAGAGGCAGUAGAGCGUCUGAUACACCCCAAGCUUUGCGAGCAGUGCAUAGAGUUCCUGGAAAAGCAGAUCGUGCAGUACAUUAACGGCAGCAAUGAGCGAGGCAGCGAGGAGGUCCUGCAUGCCUUCGUCCUGGUCAACACCAAACUUCUGGCGCUUUUCUCCAGCCGGAACGCCAGCUCCCUGAGGCCCGCGGAUCUCCUAUCCUUGAUUCUCAUCGUCCAGGACCUGUACCCGGGGAUCAAUCUACUGCAGGAGCGGAGCAUCCCGGGCACCGAAGACAAUGCGGCCUCAGAAGAGUAUUAUACCCCCGACCCGUCCCCCAGCACAAGCAGCUUAGAAGGUGGCGGCAGCUCGAGGGAUGACGAUUCAUCGCUGUCUAGUUUUGGGGACAUUGAGAUCCAGAUUGCUGAAGACAGUUUGAAGACUCUGGUCGGCCCUGCACCAGAAUCUACCAACACGCGGCGGGUAUUUCUGGAUGCCAACCUGAGAGAGGGCUACUGCCCCAUGAUGCCUCAUUCCAUGUACUGCUUGCCUCUGUGGCAUGGCAUGUCCUUGGUGCUUUUGACGAAGUUCUCUGGAAGCCACAUCGCUCUGUCCCUGUACCAGCUGCUGGAUGGGUUCAGUGUGAUGGAGAAGAAACUCCAGGAGGGGCAAGACAUUCAUCAAGUUGUGCGGUCAAAUCCCAUCAUGGCUGAGCUCAAGCAAAGAACAGAUCGGUUUGUUAAGAGCCUUGGUGGUCGGGAAGUUCAGUUACAGAACAUUUGGCUCGAACUCAAGAACAAAGCAUUCUCCAGAAAUGAGACCGCCAGUCCGGCAGAACUCCUUCAAGUGUGCGGAAAUCUAAAGCGUCAGCUCUGCUGCAUAUACCGUCAGCUAUUUCUAGCCUCCCCGAUAAGGGGAACACAUGCCUUGUCUCUAAAUAUACAGACCCGGGUCAGGACACGAGUUCAAGAGAAACUGAUGGACUGGAAGGAAUUUCUGCUGGUGAAGAGCAAGAGAAACAUUACCAUGGUGACUUACUUGGAAGAAUUUCCUGGCUUGGUGCAUUUUAUUUAUGUGGAUCGCACAGUAGGACAAAUGGUGGCUCCUUCCAUAACCAUUGAAGAUAAAUCCACUACGGAGCUCGGAAACAGCGUAUUGGCGAAUUUCAUAAAAAACAAGGUUUGGUUCCUGAUCGGGAUGUCUCGCCGCUAUCUUCAGAAGGGCUACACCACACUCACGUUUCGAGAUGGCGAUUAUUAUUGUUGCUAUUUCCUGUGGUUUGAGAACGAAGCCGGGGAUAAACUGGAAGCCAUUGAUGUACCGGUGCUUGGAGACGACUCUGCUCCAAUAGGAAUGCUAGCAGGAGAAUAUUAUAGGAAAUUACUUCGAUAUUACAUUAACCAUCACCAGACGGAGGUGGUGAAGUGCUACGAGCUGCUGACCCUGCACCUGGGCAUUAUCCCGCCGGAGUUCAUCAUCCAGCAGUGCCGGGACCUGGCUCGUAAGCUGUGGGAGCCUUCGCGUAUACCACUCCUGUAGGGACCGCCUCACCGGCCAUCGUCCUGACUCCAUCCCCUGCACACGUCCACUCUGUACCGCCCUGACACGUCCACUCUGUACCGCCCCCUGACACGUCCACUCUGUACCGCCCUGACACGUCAUAGCUCUUAGGAGAAAGCAGAGAAAAUAAGCCCAAAGAAAGCUGGUCGGCCAGGGCAGAGAUGCAGAGAUUGGUGUUUAAUUGGUGCAGUUAAAGGGUUUGUGUGAGAUAAAAAAAAAAAAAUCAACAACAGCGCCACCCUUCUUCAUGGGUCAUGUCUGGUAUUGCAGUAUUCAUGUAAAUGGAGCUGAGGUGCAAUACCAGAUACAGCCCAUGAAGAAGGGUAGCGCUGUAUAUGAAAAAUUAAGCAAACCCCUUUUUUCUAAUCUCAAACAAACCCUUAAAAAUUGAAUGUAAAUGGACAGAAGGGGAAAUCGGUGCAUGAACCAAACGUACCCGGUAAUCAAUGUCCUCCUGGGGCCAUGUCUCAUAUACACGAGAGUAUUAUUUAUUAGGUAGAUAGAUGCGACAUUUACUGCACAUUAAAGGGUUUUUUCAGGUUUAGAAUACUGAUGACGGCGUCGCAAUUACUAAUGAAUUAUUAAGGCUACUUUCACACUUGCGGCAGAGUGAUCCGGCAAGCAGUUCCGUUGCUGGAAAACGUAUGCCAACUGAUGGCAUUUGUAAGACUGAUCAGGAUCCU